UUUCGCAUGCUACACACACCUGUGUCUCUACUGUACCCAUGAACUGUCAGAAUUAGAUUUUGCCGUAUAUUUAAUAGCUCCUUCAUUCAUUCAACAUUGGAUCAAUAUUCCUGGAAUCUAAUCCACAUCAAGGAUAACCUAACAAAGUAUUCAAUAGAUUGUUCAUCAACUGCCAUCAUGAAUUGCAGGACAUAUAACUAGAAGAAAUCUAUAUUUCUUCGCCUUGCAUACCAAGCGUAAAGUGCCAUCGAUCGGCGGGUAUGCAUCCCAUGCCUUCAUGGGAGAGCGUCGGCCUGCUGUUCCAUGAGAAUCCCGCAUUCUUUAACGUUGAGAUCAUGUAUUUGCGAUAGAGUUCUGUGGAGCCGCUCUUGCUGGACCCAGUCGCUGGUAGCACAACCAGCAACGAAACAUUUGGCAGCUUUAUUUUAUCUGGAAUGACUGGAGAGAAGCUAAAAUGAGAAGAGAAAAUAUUGUGUUAAGCAAGGAGAUAUUGUUCCUUCUUCUUCAUGUCAUUAUGACAACUGUCAUCUCGCAGGAAAUUCGACUUGUAGGUGGUGAGUUUGAUGCCGAAGGGAGAGUGGAGAUCUUUCACUCUGAUGCUUGGGGUACCGUAUGUGAUGAUGACUUCGGUAUCGAGGAAGCGAACGUGGCAUGCCGUCAGCUAGGUUACGUGGGCGCCAUCGACUUCUUUCCUAAAGCUUUCUUUGGGGCAGGGAUGGGGAACAUCUGGCUUGAUGAGGUGCGCUGCAACGGUAACGAGGAGAGUUUGGCAUCUUGCGGUAAUAGAGGAUGGAGGAUACAUAACUGUGUACAUAGUGAGGAUGUGGGUGUCUCCUGCUAUUCAAGUGACCAGUACAAGGUACGAUUAGUUGGUGGUUCAACGGACUACGAAGGCCGGGUUGAGAUCAACUAUAAGGGAGCUUGGGGGUCUAUCUGUGAUGAUUCCUGGGACAUUAGUGAGGCUACAGUAGUGUGCAAGCAGCUAGGAUACACGGGGGCGCUCCAGGCAGUAGGGGAUGCGGUCUUUGGAACAGGGGACGGUGUUAUCAUGUUAGAUGAUGUGAACUGUGAAGGGAAUGAAGGUACAUUGGAUAUGUGCUCACAUCGGGGAUGGUUCGUACAUGACUGCACUAUGGCUGAGGUAGCAGGUGUCAAGUGUGAUAUUGAAGACCAUAUCGUCAGACUUGUCGAUGGUGGAGCCCAGAACCAGGGUCGUGUAGAGGUCAUCUUCAACGGAACUUGGGCCACCAUCUGUAACGAGCAGUGGGACAUCCAGGAUGCUAACGUGAUCUGCCGUCAGCUAGGGUACAUCGGUGCUACAGAGGCAGCUAUGAAUGGAGAAUACGAGCCAGGCUCUGGUAUUGUUGCUCUGAGUGAGGUCCGAUGCGAGGGGUGGGAGCAUGAGCUUAAUGAUUGUUAUCAUGGUCUGUGGGGUACGUCAGGAAGCACCUGUACGCAUGACAUGGAUGCUGGGGUCAUGUGUGCUAACCAAACCAAAUUUGAUAUUCGCCUUGUUGGAGAAGAUGUGGAAUCAAUAGGGCGAGUAGAAGUAUUCUAUGAUGGCGCUUGGGGUACAGUGUGUGAUGAUCUAUGGGACUUAGCAGACGCAAGGGUUGUUUGUAGACAGCUUGGUUACAGGGAUGCCUUGGAAGCAACGGUCUCAGCUGCACAUGGUCCUGGGAAUGGACGUUUUAUCCUUGAUAAUGUCCAGUGUAUGGGAACAGAGUUGAACCUAACUGAUUGUCUUCAUGAUGGCUUCAUGAUGCAUAAUUGCCAAACCAAUGAAGACGCAGGAGUCAUAUGCCAGACUGCAGAUAACUCAUACACCAUACGUCUUGUCGAUGGCAACGUAGCUUCAGAAGGUCGUGUAGAGGUCGUCUACAACGAUGAAUGGGGAACAAUAUGUGAUGAUGAUUGGGACAUAGAUGAUGCUAGGGUGAUCUGCAGACAGCUUGGUUACACCAACGCUGAGAAGGCCACACUGGAGGCUAGCUUUGGGGGAGGCUCUGGUGUGAUAUGGUUGGACGAUGUUAUGUGUGACGGGACCGAGCCGUCUAUCUUCACCUGUCCCAGUAGCGAGUGGGGAGACCAUAAUUGUGAACAUACGGAAGAUGCAGGUGUGAUCUGCACAGAUGAUGGUUCUUCUCAGAUCCGUCUGGUGGAUGGCAGUGAUUCGCGUGGAGGUCGUCUAGAGAUCUACUUUGAGGGUUCAUGGGGAACGGUGUGUGAUGACUCCUGGGAUGAAGUCGAUGCCGAGGUAGCAUGUCAGGAGCUUGGCUUCGUAGGAGUGGAAGACCACAAGGCCACCUAUCCAACGGGUGAAGAGCGGAUCUGGUUAGAUGAUGUUCAUUGUGAAGGUGGUGAGAGCUCUAUCAGGUACUGCAGUCAUAACGGUUGGGGAGAGCAUAACUGUGCCCACACAGAGGAUGUAGGCAUCGUUUGCAGAAGAGGUGGUACAGUGAGCGGUCUAUCUAAAGGAGCCAUAGUUUCCAUAGCAACAGGAUGUAUUGCAAUAUUUGUUAUUGUCAUGGUGACAGUGACCUGUUUCUACAGCAGGAGGACCCGUAAGCCAGAGACCACCGAGCCUCGGCGUUCAGGAUCACAAUGGAACUCACCACCACCAUCCAGUCCCAGACCACCGCAGGUGUAUUCCAUCAAUCAGAAUGUGUUCUAUAACAGCUAUGGUCAAACUAUGCAUGUCAACUCCUCUCCUCCUCCUCGUUCUCCUCUGGGACCGCCCAAUGCGUACCCUCCAGCACCGUCCAAUGCGUACCCUCCAACACCGUCCAAUGCGUACCCUCCAGCACCGUUCCCUAUGCCAUCAGAACCACCACCUGAUUAUGAAAUGAUCUCAAGCUAUACCCCUCAAUCUAUCUUCCAGGGAAAUCUAGUCAGGGAACCACACUCAAUAAAUCUUGCAGCAGCAGCAGGUCCUUCAUCAUCCUCAUCAGAGUUUGCCCGCACCCCUGCCACACCCAUCUCUCCCGGUCCUUCACAACCAGAGGGGUACCUCUCUUCCCCUUUUCCAGACCUGGUAUCUGUAGGUUUUAAUCUACCAUCUGAACCUCCUAGUUAUUCAGCAGCAUCUCAGAGCAGUAGCAUCCCUCCCUCAAGGGAUGCCGCUCCAGGAUACUCUAGAGACGAUGGUGCAUCUACCAGUAAUCAAAGGACACAGAAUUCCAGAAAUAGCCAUGCCCCUAGUGGAAGGGAUCCUCCACCCUUCCAUACAGAUGACAAUGCUUAUUCAAAUGCAGCCUUUUCAGGAGAUACAGCUGAAGGUAAAGACAAUGUAUCCAUGGAGAUAUAAAGAUGAAUUCUGAGAAAACUAUUACUGGAAUCUUAAAUGCAGGAUGGUAGAAAUUAGAUGUACCCCACCAAGAUUUUGUAUUCCAAGCAUUACCAAUAUUUGUAUUACAGUAGGUAUAUUCCUUGUCUUCCAGUGUCAAUAUGCCAGUUGGUUUUAGAGUUAUUUUUGCACAUGUUUUCUGACAACCUUUUACUUAUUUAUCAAAAUGUAUAGCACAAAAAAAAAUGGAUACCUGGUGGUCUAUUAACCC